AUGGAGUACGGGAGUCAACACCCGAUCAUGGACCACGCGACCUUAUCUGACUGCUGUCCAUGGCAAGCUGAGAGUCCUCAGCCUACUAUUCCACGAGAACAAUGGCCUGUUGAAGACGGUCUCCAGUGGGGAUCAGACCCCAGUUUCUGCUAUCAUGGAUUCUCUAAUCCCAUCGGCACUUGGACAGAAGAGCGCCUUGUGCAAAACCUGAUGCGAAACAUGGCCAGCUUUUGCAACAGUGUCGACAUUGGCUUCGACGUCUCCGAGAAAUUCAACGAACCACCCCAAAAACCCUCCAACGAUCCUCUACAACUUAAUGGCCUUUCUCUGCCCAUGUUCCAACCAUCCAUGGUUCCCCAUUAUGAAAGACUAUCCGAAACACCUUCCUCGUCAUCUUCACCUCCGCCUUUAUCACACCAAGCACAGCGAUCCUCGCCAGAUACUACUGUGUGCUCUCGAGCCAGCUGUUCAAAAGCCGAGAAUAGAUCCCAAAAGAAGAGAAAAUGUGUGCAAAAACCCGGACAGAAAUUAUGUCAUUGUCGGUCAGAGAAAAAGAGGAGGGAAAUAAUUGGACAGCGAUAUAAAGAGCUUUGUCACCUUGUGCCAGGACUUGAGAAACAUUCUUACACACGAAAGUAUGUUUUGGCAGAGGCUGCGAUAUGGAUCCAGAAUCUGCUUCAAGGGAACGAUGCUCUGGAAGCACAGCUGCAAGAAUUGAAGGAGCAAGAAAGGCUGAAUCAGCUGCGACUAUUUCCGGUCGAGGAGGAUGAACUUUAG